CAGAAUUAAGGAUAAGAUGCCCCAUUUCGUCGCUCCCACCAUUCAGCAGUAUCUUCAACGUAGAGCUCUGUUUCUUAAUUGAUUCCUUAUCAAGGACUUUCCAGGAGUGAUCGGAUACAAUGAUAAUCAAUCAACUUACUUUCCUCCUGUUGUUCUGCUUGCUGGGCUGGAGCGAUGCACUGAUCCGGCCGGUGCCUGGAAUUAGCAUGUCAGAUCGGGAUGGACGGACUCUACAACGCACUAAACGAGGAUGGAUGUGGAAUAGUUUCUUUCUCUUAGAGGAGUGGACGGGGACUGGAAAGCAGUAUGUUGGAAAGCUUCACUCAGACAUGGACCAUGAAGAUGGAAAUGUGAAGUACGUCCUCACCGGAGAUGGGGCCGGAACUGUUUUCGAGAUUGAUGAGAACUCGGGUGAUAUCCACGCCACCAGGAGGCUUGACAGGGAAGAGAAAGCAUUGUAUACACUGAGCGCCAAAGCCGUCAACAAAACCUCCGGACAGGAUCUGGAGAGGGCCUCGGAAUUCAUCAUCAAAAUCCAUGACAUCAAUGACAAUGAGCCAAAGUUUGCCAAGGACACCUACGUGGCCAGUGUAUCAGAGAUGUCGAAUGUUGGUGCAUUCGUAAUGAGAGUUACAGCCACUGAUGCAGAUGAUGAAGCAUAUGGAAACAGCGCCAAGCUGGUUUACAGCAUUCUGCAGGGCCAGCCAUAUUUCUCAGUCGAACCUGAAACGGGCGUCAUAAGGACGGCGCUUCCGAACAUGAUUCGAGAGAACCGGGAGCACUAUCAGGUGGUGAUUCAGGCUAAGGACAUGGCUGGACAGAUGGGCGGUCUCUCCGGGACCACUACAGUCAACAUCACUCUCCAGGAUGUCAACAACAGUCCUCCUCGUUUCCCCCACAGUAAGACAACACACACUCUCCUCUUACAUGCAUGUGUUGACCUGAAGGAGACAUCUUCGCUUCCGAACAUGAUUCGAGAGAACCGGGAGCACUAUCAGGUGGUGAUUCAGGCUAAGGACAUGGCUGGACAGAUGGGCGGUCUCUCCGGGACCACUACAGUCAACAUCACUCUCCAGGAUGUCAACAACAGUCCUCCUCGUUUCCCCCACAGGUUUUUAAUUGAUUGUGGUCUGAAUACGCUUCCAUCUGGAAGGUCCAACUUCUGUCAGAGCGGAAAAGAGAAAGCAACUGCUAAAAAACUGUCAUAUGACAUCUCGGCUACAGAAGGCAUGUGGGAGACUUUGAAGCCUGCUGGAAGAAGAUACACCAUUGAUCGCCACACAGACCUGGAGAGACUGUUUAGCAUCGAUUCCAACAAUGGGACCAUCAGCACACUGCAGGGUCUGGACAGAGAAACUUCCAAAUGGCACAACAUCUCUGUUCUGGCAACCGAACUCAGUACUGCCCUGCAAACCAGAGUGCCGGUGUUUAUCAAAGUGCGCGACGUGAAUGACAAUGCGCCUGAAUUCGCCAUGUACUACGAGACCUUUGUCUGUGAGAAUGUCAAAGCUGGUCAGCUCAUCCAGACCAUAAGUGCUGUGGACACUGAUGAACCUCUUGUCGGGCACAAGUUUGUUUUCAGUCUAAGCACCAUCAAUCCAAACUUCACCAUCUUCGACAAUGAAGACAACACAGCGCGGAUCCUGACCCGCCGGGGCAGCUUCAACAGAAGAGAGAUGAGCUCAUACCUGCUGCCUGUCGUCAUCUCAGACAACGAUUACCCCAUCCAGAGCAGCACCAGUACGCUGACGGUCCGUGUCUGUGCCUGCGACAGCCGUGGGAAUGUGCAGACAUGCAGUAACGAAGCCCUGCUGCUCUCAGCUGGACUCAGCACCGGAGCCCUGGUGGCCAUCUUACUCUGCAUUUUAAUAUUACUGAUGAUUGUGGUAUUGUUUGCGGCCCUGCGGCGUCAAAAGAAAAAGGAGCCCCUGAUCAUCUCAAAAGAAGAUGUCAGGGACAACGUGGUCAGCUACAACGACGAGGGCGGUGGAGAGGAGGACACGCAGGCCUUCGACAUCGGAACCCUGCGGAACCCCGAGGUCAUCGACACCAAUAAACUCCGCCGGGAUAUAAUGCCCGAAAUGCUGUUCCCCUUCCGCCGCACGUCCCCCAUCAAAGACAACACAGACGUGAGGGACUUUAUCAACGGACGGCUGCAGGAAAACGACUCAGAUCCCACAGCGCCCCCUUAUGACUCCUUGGCUACCUAUGCCUACGAAGGCAACGGCUCUUUGGCGGAGUCCCUCAGCUCUCUGGAAUCGGCCGCCACCGAGGGGGACCAAGAGUUUGAAUAUCUGAGUCACUGGGGUCCACAGUUCAAAAAACUGGCGGAUAUGUACAUAGGGCAGGAGUCCCAGAGAGAGACUUAAAGCGGAUAUGCAACACAGCACACUUAAAUAUAUCUCAGAGCACUAAAUUAACACAUACGUACUGAAGUCUCCCUCUGUUCUCUGCUGUGUAAUGCAUAUAGACGAAUCUACGAAGACUUGAACGUUGCGCUCAACUACUGGGAACUCUUCACGUAGACGUUCUCUUUUCUCUUUGUCUACUUUAACUUUGUCCUCUUCUUCUUCUGGUC